GCGCCUUUAAAAACUCUUUAAAUACCCCAAGUCAUCUGCCACAAUAAAACAUUCCGCUGUCAGCCAGUACACCGGCUGUACUGAAGUAGUCACUGGACCACUGAGGCCCUUACAGACACACGCAAAAGCUCUACUUUUAAAAACGCUGACGCUACUUGUGUCAUCAGCCGCGAUCGGGAACCUGCCUUGGUAAUAACGCAUCUGACCCGGAGUCUGUGCAGGGUAAAGUCGGGGGAGACGCACAGGAAAAACAAAAAACAAAGAUGGCUGUGUAGCCAGAGAGACGAGUCCCAGCAGAACUGUCUCCAGCCGCGGACUUUAAUCACCGACAGCUCCCGUGGGUCCCGCGGACAGUCGCCCGGUACCGGAGCAGGGAGGUUAGAUGAGCAGCCGAGCUGGGCCGCUGGUGUGCGUCGCUGUAAUCUGCUGUCAUUGCGAAUAACGGCGUCGAGAGCACAACAACAGCUGAGAGACGCCUGAGUUGUUUUUGUUCUGCCUUGGCAAAGGGAGAGGACCGCUGUGUUUUUGUCAACGUAGCUAGCCGCGUAGUCCCGCUAGCCUCACUGCUGCUCGCGGCGGGCACAUCUCACAGAUUUUUAGACAGUCAUCGCCAUGUCUUCACUGGAAGAGCGAGACGUGGGCGUUGUGGCCGCCCCUGGCUCCUCCUCGGCCGGCAUGGGGACCGGGGCCGUGGGGGCAGCGGUGGAGGCUAUCGCCGGGGUCGCAGCCAUGCAGGAGGAGGUCGGGAUCCGGCGAGAAGGGCCCGAGCCGGACCCAGACGAGCCACCACCCAAGAAGAGGGCGAGGGUGCCCGAGGGAGAGUCAGGAAAGCUGGAGGAGAGACUGUACUCAGUGCUGUGCUGCACCGUGUGCCUAGACUUACCCAAGGCGUCAGUAUACCAGUGUACAAAUGGACACCUGAUGUGUGCUGGCUGUUUCAUCCAUCUCCUGGCGGAUUCUCGUCUCAAGGAGGAACAGGCCACGUGUCCCAACUGCAGGUGUGAGAUCAGCAAGAACCUCUGCUGCAGGAACCUGGCAGUGGAGAAAGCUGUCAGUGAGCUGCCGACAGAAUGCACCUUCUGCCUAAAACAGUUUCCCCGCUCCAGCUUAGAGAGACACCAGAAAGAGGAGUGCCAAGACAGGGUGACACAGUGUAAGUACAAGAGAAUUGGCUGCCCAUGGCAAGGUCCGUUCCACGAGCUGCCAGCACAUGAGAGUGAGUGCUCCCAUCCCACUAAGACUGGUACAGAGCUGAUGGGAAUACUGGGAGAGAUGGACCAGAACCACCGCAGAGACAUGCAGCUCUAUAACAGCAUCUUCAGCCUGCUCUGCUACGAAAAGAUCGGGUUUACAGAGGUGCAGUUCAGGCCGUACCGCACCGAUGACUUCAUCACCCGCCUGUACUACGAAACCCCGCGCUUCACCGUCCUCAACCAGACGUGGGUGCUGAAGGCCCGUGUUAACGACUCGGAGCGCAACCCCAACCUGUCCUGCAAGCGCACGCUCUCCUUCCAGCUCAUCCUUAAAAGCAAGGUGAACUCGGCCCUGGAGUGCUCCUUCCUGCUGCUGAAGGGGCCGUACGACGACGUGCGGAUCAAGCCAGUCAUCCACCACCACUCCUUCUGCAACGACGCCAACGAGACCGACUACGUCCCUCUGCCCAUCUCCGAUUCGGUGGAGUGCAACAAACUGCUGGCCGCCAAAAACAUCAACCUGCGCCUGUUCAUCUUCCAAGUCCAAAAAUGAAGAGGGACGGGGAGGAGGAAAAAGAAGAGGAGGAGGACAAGGAAGAAGAUGGAAUGGACUAGGAGGAAGAAAGGUGAUGGAGGGCGAGGGGCUGAAAGAGUGGAGGGAUUUAAGAUUAAAGAGACACCACUGAACCACUGAUACCUCUUAACUCGUACACACACACCCACCCACACACACAAAUACACAAAUAUACUCACGCACACAUUCACGCAGGCUACACACGCCUAAAGACACACACACACACACACACACACACACACACACACACACACACACACACACACACACACACACCACUAAUUACACUUACCUCCUUUUACAAGAUAGUGAGACCCCUUGUCCAGGGAGCUGUGAGUUGGGUGGCCAUUGUUAUGGGAUUGAGGGGUGGGGUGAAACCUGCAAAGCCGGUUUGAGGUGAAGGAUGUGGUUCUGGGACGGUUGGUGUGUACCUGUGCAGGGUCUCUGAGGCCAGGUUGUGUCUGACCUUUCACCCCCUGACACCAGCAGCCAAAGGUAGCACACACACCAAACUAAGCAAGAUGUUGCGGGUGCACGUGUUAAAUGUGUGGGUGGCUAAAUGUGUGUGUGUGUGUGUGAGAGAAAGUGACGGACUCUGGAGUGCGUCCCAAUCUCUGCUUUCAUGUUGAAAUGCCCCAAAGAUGCGAUAAUGUGAAAACAGAGUGAGCUGAUCUGAGGACAUGUGAGCGGAUGUAAAGCGUGCCUGUCUCUCUGUGUGUGUGUGUGUGUGUGUGUGUGUGUGCCCCUUACCUUUGCACACUUUACGCCUGAUUCUGGUCAACGUUCUCGUUCUGUUCAAACAAAAGUCUUCAGUUUGCGUCUCAAAGCUUUGCCCGAACAGAGGAAAGAAGGCGUUACCCCGGCGACCCCCUUUUACCUUUCAACAAGAGGAGAGAUGGCCUGGCUGCAUGCAUAUUUUAGUUCUUCGACUUCUUCCUCCAGCAGAGGUUAUAUUUAACCUGCAACACUAAUACCAUUUUUAUUUCUCUUAACCCUUUAUAUUUAAGUACCUGUGAACUUUUUAUUUUAUGUUUUAAGUGUGACUGGCUGCCUGUGAGUGUGUGGACGUGGCCCAAUGUGAGAAACAGAACAAUCUUUUAAAGUCACGGCUGGAUUAGCAGCAGAAUGUCACAACCCCCCCCCCACCCAAAAAAAACAGGUUCACUUUGAGUCAGCUGCUUUUUAAUUUUAAUUUAAUGAUUUCAAAACAGCCGAGUCCCGCAUGACUAGAGACCCUCCACCUUUAUCAUUUAGAGCACGACAUUCUUGGUCAUCAAAGCUAGAUUCGUAAAUUAGCCAGGUCAACUUAUUGGAUCUCUAUCAGUGUAAAUGUGGGUCAAUAACUAACAAUACAUUACAAAUACAAGUACUGAAAGGCAGAAAUUGGUAUGAGAUUAUUUAGAAACUGUCACUAGUACAGUUUGCCCACCAGAGAGCACUGAAACCUUUCUACUGAAAGAAAAUGUCCUGCUGAGUGUGGAUCUACGUGACAAUGCUUUAAAAGAAAAAUCAAAGGAAUCUGUAGUGAGAUGCAUUUUGUUUUUAUAUGUAUUUGUUAAAAAUAUUCAUAUUUAAAAAUUGGCUCGAAGAUCAAGUCUUGCUACAGUGCUAUCCCUGAACAUGAGAAUCCUUUUCUCAAAAUAGGAUCAAAACAUCAGUAAAAAUACACCAACUCUAAAUCUAUUAUCUUGGUUUAAAAAAAAAAAAGAAAAAAAUGAAAUGACCACAAACUAAUUGACAGAGGAAACCAGGGUUUUCCAGUCCAACCGAACUGGUUGGAUGUAUUUGUAAAAUCGAUCAAAUAAGGAAGCCAUCAGUAGUGUGUGCACCCCAAAGUGUCUCGGGACCAUCUGGACUUCUUCGUUUGUUUCCGAGCUCCGCGGCCCCCUGGAGACGACGUCUCUGGAUAUCAGUUUGGGUGGUGAUGGAUGGUGUGUGUGUGUGUUUGAGACAGUUGGGGGGGAUGUUUUCUUUUUUCUUCUUUUUUUUUUACCUCACCACGAUGACAUAAGUGUUAGGCUUAUUUGAACGAGGACAAGAAGAUAUUACUUAAGUAGAUUCUACUGUUAAGCGGUUACAUCUCUCUCCUCCUGACCUCUACUUCCUGUAUUUCUGUGUUUUAAUGCUUCGUCUCUAUGCCAGUGGACUCACUCAUCUCACUAUGGCUGUACAUGUGCCUUUUAUUAAAGAUCAUGAAACCUGCA